AUGAUCGCAAAUGUUAUCGAAAUAUUGUUAUUACAAUCGAAGGAAUUGAAUUUCGUGCCAGGAAAACGGCGAGAAAAACUUUUUCGGGAAAAAAAUAUAGUAAAUAUGGAAAGCGAGAACAAAACAGAGGAGACAAAAGCCGGAGGCGAAGCUGAGGCAUCAGCGACGACAACGGCAGAUAAAACGUCUGAAAACGAUAAGAAAGAGGUAGCCGCUAGUGGUAAAGAAAUAGAAGAAACAGCACCAGCGGCAGAGAAGGAAAACAGUGCUGGGGCUGGUGACGAAGCCAAUGAUAAGAAUGCGGAUAAGGCGCCUACAGCGGCAGAGAAUGACGAUAAGAAACCUAAAUCAGAGUCUGAUGCAGAAACAUAUCUUACAUGUUACUUGCAACUGUAAAUUCUAAAUUAUGUUCAAUUUCAAUGUAACAUUUUAAGGUACUUAUUAAUAUAUGAAUGAAUAUAUUAAUAUAUGGUGCAUUUUGUAGCGUAAUUGAGUGAUUUUGGCUAAUUUUUACCAAGUUAUACUGUGCGGAAAGAUACCUUCAUCUCUCAGUCGCCCAUGGAAAAAGAGAAUACUGCCUUUAGGCGAGACCGAAAUACAAAUCGUAAGUCGAUCAUUUGAAUUGAAAUCUGUUAUGUUAAAAAAAAUUAAGAGGCACGCGGCUGUCGAUUUAAUAUUUAAUCUGUUCAAUCGCUCCUGCAAGAUUUGGAAUGUCUUUAAACGUCUUUACAGCCAAAAUCGCUCAACUUGCAAAUUUCUUUAACGCUAUUCACAAACAUUUGUAAUAACACAUUGUUUUUACAGACUUUGAAACUAUCAGUAAAUUAGUAAAUUAAUUAUAAAUAAUAGCCAGAUAAUUAUUAUCAAAAAAGUUAUGAUUUUCUUAAAAUUAAUCAUAUAAAACAUUGUUUUUUUGCUUGUCAACUAAAAUUUUGCAUAACUUAUGUAAACAUGUUUAUAUAAAAUUAUUACUUCUUUCUACAUAUGAAUUAUGAGAAAAGCAGCUUGUUUUCUUAAUAUCUUACUUAAGCAUUAAUAACAAAAAAUUGUUCAAUGUGUUUUUAAUUGGUUUUUUUUUAUAUUAAUAUUUGUAAAUGAAAAUAACUUUGUAUUUCGAUGGCAUAUAUUAACUUAUUUCGAUCUUCGUAGGAUUAUAACUUCGUACCUAUGUAAAUCGUCAAUUGAUUCAAACCGCCAAACGGUUGUCAUACCAUAUUAAAAGAAGAAAUACUUAAGACCCCGAAUUAUAUUUUUUUGCUGUUAGGGAAUUAUUAUUUUCACUGCGUACUUUUGAAAAUACUACUCGAAUGCAAACCUAAAUUCUAAAAGACUUGUUUUACUUGAAUCACACAUUUUAGGUGUGAAGUAAAGAGCACGAAUCGACCUUAUAUGCGUUAUUUUUUUUUCUUAAACCAAAAUAUCCUAAGCUCACGUAAGAACUUAUUAAUAAUCCUCAAAAUUAAAAUUAAAAGUUGUAUAAAAGCAUAAAAUAUUGAACAGAUGAGAUUCGUCAAGACUCUCACAAUACCAACUUCGUCUUUUAACACACUUUUAUUUGUAUGCUUUGCUUCCCCCCACCAGUGGUAAGGGGUAAAGCAUUUAACAAUUUAUCCUUUUCUUUAUAUCUUUCUAUUAAUGGUUUACUUUCCCUCACCAGUGGUAAGGGGUAAAGCAUUUAAUAUUUAAAGUACUAACCUCUUAUUUUUUUAGCCCCCACCAGUUUUAAAGGGGUAGAGAAUUUUAAAAUAAGACAAGACUACCAUAGAGAGUGGUACUUAUUAUGUGUAUAGGUAUAAAUGUUAAAUUUUGAAACAAAUGUUUAAUAUUAUUUCGCCCCUGAUGAUGCUGGAAAUUUCAGCGAAACGUUGGGCAACGAAGGUGAAAUAAGUGUUUUUAUUUGCACCAUCAAAUAAUGGAUCAGACUAGCCUGCAAGUGUACCAAAUAUAUUCUACGAACUGAUUGCAACAAAACCAAAAAAACUUUAAAAUAAAGAGUAUUUGCAUCAGUAAAGCAGUGUCUAUUACUUGUUACCCCCAAAUCGGUUUGAAAGAACUCAUUUUUUUGGUAACUAUUUACCACCGAAUAUACAUUAGUCACAACUAAAGGGCUGGAGUAAAUAACCUCAAUAAAAUAUUUUUUUUUUCCAACACAUUCAAGUAUACCAUUAGGUAACUACCUACAAGACAGAUAUCGACCGCUACACCUAACUUAGCGUUAAAGACAACGAUUCCCUUAAUAUUGUGGGAGUGCGUUUUUGCUGGAAAGCAGGAUGAAUUCCUGCAGUCAGCAGCAAUGGAGAAAUAAAGUUUGGACCAGGGUUUAACCGUAUUCGAGCGAUUAGUUGAUCAAUUGAUUUGCCAUCAAAUUUUGCAAUGUAUUCAUUGUCCAGCAAUAUUCAAUAUUUCAA